AUGGGUCGCCUAAUCAAGAACCACUGGGCACGAUUAAUAGUCCUCACAGCGUCAGCCUACCAAGUAGGCGCCGCAAUUGAAGCCUUCAUCUGGCCGAAGAUCUUCUGGGAUGUGUGGACGAAGAACCUCGACGGCGCCGUAAAACCAGUGCCCAUACUUCAAAUACUCAACCUCCUCAUGGGUCUGAUCGGGAUCGCGUGGGAAUGGCCGUUAAAGUACCUCGCGGGGACCUUCCCACAUCGCAGCAUCGAGUUCAGACUCCUGCUUUACCCGCUCAGUUCGCUACUCGCAGCCUUGAUUUACCAGGGGACGAAUGCGGCGUUAUACUACCUUGUCGGCAUGGCUGUGUAUUUUUGGGCGUACAGUGAAGGCGAAGUUGUUUGUCCUGAGCCCUGGACGUUACCGAAGCGGACGUUGUCGAAAGUAUAG